UACAAAAUUGUUGAUUAAAUUUCGUUAUAAUCUCAAUUGUGUGCUUCUUCAAUCCCCUUUAGAUUUGACACCUAAACAUGUAGUUAGUAACAUUCAACCACUUCGAUUUUCUUAAAUUAUUAUCGGUGAUUCAUAGUAUGUUAUUAACCUUUGCUGAACAUUUAUGAUUAGUUUAUCAGCUGUUCUAGUUGCUUUCACUACAGAAAUGAAGCAGGAGGACCGAUUAUCGAUUCUACCGAAAAUCAUUCUUCAUCACAUUUUGUCAAGGUUGCCAGAGAAAGAUGCUGCUAGGACAAGUGUUUUGUCGAAAGCUUGGGCAGAUACAUGGUUUACUUUUCCUAUAUUAUCUAUUUCUGAUAAUAAAUUCACGGGUUGGUUUCCCCUAUCAAUAGAUGAUGUUAAAAGGAAGAGAAAAAAGUUCAUUGAUUAUGUGACGAGAACAUUGUCGAGGUUUUGCGAUCAAGGAUUGGCUAUCAAAGAAUGUAAGAUUAUAUUGAACCGUUUUGAGCUUCAUUACAUGUCAAAGCAUGUUGAUCUUUGGUUGAAGUCGGCAAGUGGAAGUGGUGUUGAAGUAGUAGAGCUUUGUUUGCCAUGUGGUCCCAACUACAUUGAGGAAGGUCAUGGCAAAUGCUAUGUUUUACCGACAGGUGUAAUCGAAGCAAAAUCACUUACCAAGGUGGUGUUGAAGGGCGGGAUUAGAGUUGAUCAAGCAUUCAUGAAUCAGUCAAUUAAGUUUUUUUCAUUGAGAGUAUUGUCAUUGUGGAUUGUUCUUUUGGAAGAUGAACAUGCAAUUGAGCAUCUCAUUUCUUGUUGUCCUUUCAUUGAACAUAUAACUUUGAAGCAUUGUUCAGUUUUGAGCCCGGGAGGCGGCGUAAAACUCAUGAAGUCUUUGAGCAUGCAUGGUCUACCAAAGCUCAAGACAGUUGAUGUUCAUGGAAUACAAGAGGUAUAUAUAGAUGUCCCAAGUCUUGAGUAUCUAUAUUAUUGUCAUGAUGUUUUGAACGCACCAUAUAAGAUUCAUUUUGAUAGUUGCAGAAAUUUGAAAGGGUUAGACUUGUUCUCUUUGGAAGGUAAUACUAUCACAGACAAAUGGUUUCUUGAAUUGUUUUCGAAAUUCCCUUUCCUUGAGAGAUUGAAAUUUGUCAAAUGCACAAUGUCUGAGACGAUUAAUAUUUCAAGUGUUCAACUUAAGGUGUUGGAGUUAUCUGGUUGCCAUAACAUGAAAGAGGUCAACAUUGAUGCUCCAAAUCUAUUGUCAUGUGAAUAUAUCAUUGAUACUCAACAUUUAGAACCUAUUAUUUCUUUUGUAAGAAGUUCUAGUAAACUGAAAGUUGAUGUUCAAAUCUACAUUGAUUAUUUGGAUCUUGGUAACUUGAAGGAAUUUCUCCAAAACAUCAAACCUGAAAAUGUUUUGACAUCACUAUCUCUAUUCAUCUUUGAGCUAACGGAGGAUGAAUUCAACCCAGCAGUAUUUCAAGUUUCAUCCCCUCCACCAAGCGUCAAACACUUGCAUCUACACACUUUCCCAAAAAAAGAAACUUUGUAUUCGUCUCUUCUAAGUAUCUUACUUUCAAGUUGUUGCUUUGCAACUAUAUCUAUGCGCAUGCAUCCUUGUUUUUGCAGCAGAGAAUUCAUCGAGUUUUUCUAUGAGACUCUGAUGAGAAGAAAAGACGACUGCUUUUGCAGCUCUAGUGAUACCAAUUGUUGGUGGCAUGGCUUGAAGAAUUUGAAAGUCGCACACUCAAUGAAAAUUGAUGAGAAUGUUGAUUUUAAAACCUUGUUAGAAUCGUCUUCAAUUUCUUCAACUCCUGAUAUUAGCUUUAGACUAGAAUUUUAAUGCUAUUGUGAUCAUGUGAUAAACAUGUUUACUUAGAGAUUUGAUAUUACAACUUAAAAAGAGGGUGCAUCCUUUUUUGUUGAUUUGUGAGGCUAAUCAAAGUUCAUGGAUGUGAACCAAUAAACCGUAUAAAUUUUUUUAUAUGCUGGUUUUGUAGGUGCUGGUUUUACAUUUAGAAGAUCUUAGUCUUGACACUGAAUUGUUUUUACUACAAAAUUUGGUAGUCAUGGUUUAAUAUUUCAUUAUCAUGCCAAAAGGACUUAUCCUUUGU